CUCGUUUGUGUUUCGGUUCAUGACAGCCAUAUUACUGUGGGUGGUUUCCUACUAUCCAUUUUAUUUCCCAUGAUUUGGUCCGAGUUAUGGAACUAGAGAAUAUUGUAGCUAACACCGUUUAUUUAAAAGCCAGAGAAAGUAAAACUAAAGGCAGAAGUAAAAAAUGGAAAGAACUACUGAAAUUUCCGCAUCAUACUAUAUCUGCAGCUAUUAAGAACGAUGUUGUUCUCACGUAUGACAGAAUUUGUGAGAAGGAACCCAUUGGGAGAGAACUCUUUCGGUUAUUUUGCGCUGGCGAUGCUCCACUUCAGCAAGCCAUCGACUUCCUCGAUGAAGUGGACGUAUUCGAUAAAGCAGAAGCAGCGAAAAAGCCCGAGUUGGCUCGUCAACUGGUAGCAAGACAUCUUCCCGAGGAUUCGCAACCAAGAGUGGCUGGUAUCAUGGAUGACACAGCAGAAAAAACAAGAAGCAUAGUGGCCAAAUCUACUGAUGAAGAAUUCUCUAUGGAGUUCUUUAGAGAUGCUGUGAGGGAAGUCAAGGAUUUCUUAGGGGAAAAGCCUUUUGAGGAUUACCAGCAUACUAUGUACUUUGCACGGUAUCUUCAGUGGAAGUGGCUUGAAAGACAACCUGUUACAAAGAAGACAUUCCGCCAUUACAGAGUGUUAGGGAAAGGCGGUUUUGGAGAGGUCUGUGCAUGUCAAAGCAAAAUCAGUGGGAAAAUGUAUGCAAUGAAGAAACUAGAAAAGAAACGGAUAAAAAGAAGGAAAGGAGAAGCAAUGGCAUUAAAUGAGAAGCAGCUCUUAGAAAAAAUUGACAGCAGAUUUGUGGUCAGUCUAGCAUAUGCUUAUGAAACCAAAGACGCGCUUUGUAUGGUUUUAACACUAAUGAAUGGUGGAGAUCUAAAGUUUCAUGUCCAUAACAUGGGUAAUCCUGGAUUUGAAGAAGAAAGAGCUGUAUUUUAUGCUGCAGAAGUAAUGCUAGGAUUAAUUCAUUUACAUUCAAAGAGAAUAGUAUACAGAGAUAUGAAACCAGAAAAUCUGCUUUUAGAUGAUUAUGGUCAUGUCAGAAUCUCAGAUCUUGGUUUAGCUGUUCAAAUUAAAAAUGGAGAGACAAUACGAGGGAGAGUUGGAACAAUAGGCUAUAUGGCUCCAGAAGUUGUAAAAAAUGAACGCUACACAUUUUCCCCAGACUGGUGGGGUCUAGGGUGUCUUAUCUAUGAGAUGAUUCAAGGAAAGUCUCCAUUCAGAGCAAGAAAAGAGAAGGUGAAGAGGGAUGAAGUGGAACGGAGAGUUAAAGAGGACGAAGAGGUGUACACAGAAAAGUUCAGUUCAUCAGCAAGACUAAUAUGUAGUCAGGCACUUCAGAAAGAAGUAAUUAACAGAUUAGGUUGUGGUGAUUCAAGUGGAGAAGAAAUAAAGAAACAUAUUUUCUUUAGAAAUAUUAACUGGCCCCAGCUGGAAGCUGGAAUCUUCAAACCUCCUUUUGUACCUGAUCCUAGAGCAGUCUACUGCAAAGAUGUCCUAGACAUUGAACAGUUCUCUUCUGUGAAGGGCGUUCGUUUGGAUGAAAGUGAUGAGGAAUUUUAUAGGAAAUUUUCAAGUGGAUCAGUUUCAAUUCCUUGGCAAUCUGAGAUGAUCGAGAUGGAGUGCUAUAAAGAACUGAAUUUAUUUGAGGUUAAUGGUGUGCCGUCACCCGAUCUUGUAGGAGAUGCACCACCAGAACCUCCCAAGAAAAGAGGAGUGGCUUGUUGUUCAGGCUCGGAUGAUGGCCUUUAAUAGUAAAUUUAAAAACAAACCUGUUUGUACAAAAUAAAAAAGUUAUAAAAAUAUUAUUUUAAAUUUACCUCUGUAACUAAUAGCAUGCAAUCAAUAAGUAGUCAUUUUGAUGUACAGAGAAGUUGCUUGACACAAAGGCUCACACGCAAGAAGUUUAACAAAGUAGGGUAUUAGAGGGUGCACAAUCCAGUUGUCUGGGAAAUUGGUAGUGAUGCCAUGGGAAAAUGGAUUCUUAUCAACUUUUGAAAAAUCUUUUUAUCACUGUGAGAAAGGAAUUUUUUGCCAGUGAUCCUGCCCUUUUUAUGUUCGAAGACUGUUACUUGUAUCAUUCAUGACAUGCUUCUGUUGUGCAGUGUGGCUCAAAACUUGUUCAAUAUAAUGACCAGAAGCGAAAUUCUCUCGGUUUCUCUAAUGGAUAUCCUUAAUGAUAUGUGGGAGAUUUUGAUUGUUAAUCUGACGGCAUUUGUAAACCAGCAAAUCUGUUGUAAAAUAGUAGAUAAAUCCCUUUUUGCCUUGUAAAAACUAGUACAGUUUUCAGGCAAUAAAGUUUUGUACAGUUGAUUGA